AUGGCAAGUAAUAGAGAUGAUUCCCUUCAAUCCAUUAGUGUGAGGUUAGAUGGAAAGAAUUAUUCUUAUUGGAACUAUGUGAUGAAAAAAAAAUUGAAAGGGAAAAAGAUGUGGGGUUAUGUUUCUGGAACUUUAUUUAAACCAACAAAUGACAAAGCGGAUUAUGCAACUUUGCUAGAAAAUUGGGAAGUGGAUAAUUCAAAAAUUAUUACUUGGAUAAACAACUCUGUAGAACACUCCAUAGGUACCCAACUAGCCAAGUAUGAAACAGCGAAGGAAGUUUGGGACCAUCUUGCAAGGCUGUAUACUCAGUCUAACUUUGCAAAGCAAUAUCAAUUAGAAUCAGAUAUUAGAGCUCUUGAACAGAAAGAUAUGAGUAUUCAAGAGUUCUAUUCAGUAAUGACAGAUCUAUGGGAUCAAUUGGCCCUUACUGAAUCUGCAGAAUUACGAGCUUUUGCACCAUAUAUUGCUCGUAGGGAGGAACAACGAUUAGUUCAGUUUUUGAUGGCACUUCGUGAUGACUUUGAGGGACUCCGUGGCUCUAUUUUGCAUCGUUCUCCACUUCCUUCGGUUGAUUCAGUAGUUAGUGAACUAUUGGCAGAUGAAAUUCGUCUUAAGUCUCAAGCAGGAAAAGGCAUCCUCCCAGCACCCAGUCCCUCUGUUUUGGUAGUUCCUCCUCGACACUUUACUCACCAUGAGAAUAAACCUCACACAAAGGUUGGAGUUGAUGAAUGCAGCUUUUGCAAACAAAAAGGUCACUGGAAGGCUCAGUGUCCUAAAUUAGUAAAUCGUGCACCUCAGCAACAAAGACAUCAACUCAGACCUCCUCAAUUCGGUAAUCAACCGCCUCAUUAUGGUAGCCAACCACAGUUUGGAAACCACUCACAACCUCGACCAUACCGUCCUCCACAAUUUAAUGCCGCUGCUACUGUACCUCCAUCUGACUCGUAUGAUUUUGGGGCCUCAUCUUCCAAUCCUGCUCUUGCUGCCCUCUCAGAACAGUUUCAGAAGUUUCUUACCAUGCAGCCACAUGCCAUGUCCGCCUCUUCUUCGGUAGGUCAGCCCCCCUACUAG